AUGAAGUGUUGCAUCUUUAUUGCAAUACUCCUAGGUGCUCUUGCAGAGCUUGAAAAGUGCAGGAAUGAUAUAACUGACAUGCCCACUCACUACCCAGGAGGCCAAAAAAUGAUUUAUUAUUCUGGCAGAGGCUUUGACGACCUAGGCUUGUAUAAUGAAUGCAAUAAUUUAACAACAGCUAAAUAUGCACUUAUUGAAGCCAAGCUAAACGAUUUCAGAAUAAUGCUUGGUUUUUGUGGGCCAAUUAACUGUACUCUUGAUGAUUAUAGCAAGGUUGGAGCAGAAAUUUAUGAGAAAUUAAACCUGAGCCAAUUUCAACAAAUUACAGGUUACAAGGCUCAUUUUCCUACUGAGUUCAACAGCGAAGGCAUGGAUGGAAAAGCAAUUUUCACCCUUAUUUUAUGAAUUUUAUUAAUUGUUACUGUAAUUGCUGGGACUAUUUUUGACCUUAUGGCUCAAAAAAAUCCUCACAAACGAUUUGGGCCGAUUUCACAGACAACAAUGGCAUUUUCUCUAGUGACCAACUGAAAAAAGCUGGCUGCUCUUCCCACUGAAUUUGACUUAACUUAAAUUAUUCAUAUCUUUCAUCGCUUAACAUCCUAUGCAGGAUCAAAUAGUCGGGAUUCUAAUUCUGCACACCCACCAAAUGUCUGGCACCAUUUGGUUUCGUUGAACUGGUUCUUUCGCUAAAGGUGUUCUGAUUUCGACAUUCUUCUUUUUUCCAGCUCCGGCGAACCUACCUACAUCCUAAAGAUCCUAAUCUCCACCAUCUCGGGCUAGUUAUGCACUUACAUAAAUUUUAUUUUCCUAUCGGAUCGCUGUCCGAAGUUUCAUACCCUUAGGCUAAAUAUUCAAUUAUAGCCAGAAUAAACUUUUUUGCGAGACUUAACCUCAUAAUCAAAACGGCCAAAAGAGUAUUUUCUGUUCAGGGGAACAGAAAGAUUGGACGACACCAUAUUUGAUUAUCCCUACUGAGUUUGACACAUUACAAAUAUUCAAUGGUAUAAGAGUUUUUUCAAUGGUCAUGGUCGUCUUUGGGCACUCUUACAUUUAUCAAUUAUCUGGAGCAUUUUCCAAUCCAGCUAGGCUCGUUGAUCUGUGGAUGGAUACGCAGCAUUUAUUCCUGAUUAUUUAUGUGGUGGACGUUUUCUUUUUGAUGGCUGGAUUUUUGCUGGCUUUUCUUACAACAGCUCAUUUAAAGGCAUCUAAAGGAAGAAUGAAUUGGGGUAUAUUUGAGAUGCAUAGAUUUAUUAGACUGAUUCCUAUAUACUAUAUGUGCUUUUUCACAUAUGCAUUUCUUCUCAGAUAUGUAGGUAGUGGCCCACAAUGGCCACUUUUUGUGGAAGUUACUCCUGAAUCUUGCCAAAAUUAUUGGUGGUCAAACUUGCUGUUUCUUAAUAACUUUUUCCCAACAGAAGAAUUUUCAUGCAUGGGGUGGGGCUGGUACAUUGCAAAUGAUGUGCAAUUUUACGUGUUUUCUCCUAUAAUACUUAUUUUGUAUUAUAGAAAAAAACUAUGGGGAUAUUUGAUUUGUAUAGGCUUGAUAGGAGUCAAUUGGCUUGUGGUAGGGAUUGAGGCUAAUAUUAAUGAUUGGAAUCCUACUUUGCUGAAUGGGCUUGGGAAUAAAGACCAAUUUCUAACCCACCUCUUGAAAGAGCAAUAUAUCUUAAAAUAUAUAUAUUUUAUCAAAAUUCAGCAUAUUCUUUUUAAAUUUUAUGCAUCUCGAAUUCAAACAUAAAUUUUUAAUAUUAAAUUAAAAAUUUCCUCUCUCAAAUAUCCUAUUUUUUUCUAAAUUUAGAAGAAUUAGGUAUUAAUAAGCAAACCAAAACUUACUAACUCAUAGAAAAAGGUAAGCAAUUAUGUCAAGCCUUAUGCAAGAAUGUCUCCUUAUCUACUAGGAAUAAUCGUUGGAUUCAUGUACCGCGCUUCAGUAGAUGCAAAGGCAGAAAAAGCUGCAGCUAAAGAAAGCCUUAACGUCGAAUUGAACCCUCAUUACAAUCUUAUUCAAGAAGAAAAGCCAAGUAUUCCUAUAGAAAGAGAUAUCGUUACAUAUUAUGAAAUCAAAGCCUUCAAAUGGGUGCAUGUCCCAGCAUUCCGUUACAUUGGCUAUAUUUUUGGAUUUACUCUGAUGGUAAUUAUUAACUUUUCACCGGCUCAGCUCAAUGAGCAUGGGCUUGAUUAUUGGUCAACACCUCACAAAGCUGCAUUUAUGACAUUUGACCAUUUCGGCUUUUGCUUUGGGCUUCUAUUUUUCAUCGUUCCUAUGCUAUACUGCUAAGAGUGAAUUAAAACAAUAAGUUUUUUAUGCAUAUAAAGUUUCUAUUUCUUAUUCAUUCCAAGCAUAUAAUAAAAUACUGCUCACAUCAUGCCUAGAUCAGCAUAUUUGGAUAUUGCAGGUGCCUUUUAUAUUUUUUAACACUUCGUAUUUUAUCUCCACUUGCGAAAGUUAGCUUUGCGUUUUAUGUCGUUCACCCGUUGUUUAUUUAUUGGUAUGUUUUUUCACGAGAUCAAGCACUAUAUUAUGAUGAUCUAGAUAUUUGUUAUCAUGCAGUUGGGACUUUACUGUUUUCAGCUAUUGCAGGGACUAUAUUAUCACUUAUGGUAGAAAGCCCAAUUCUAACUUUGGAGAAAAGCUUACUGAGAGGAGGAAGAAGUAAAAAGUAA